GGGAGAGCAUCAUUGGAGACGUCAGCAGCUGGGGCCGAAAACUUAGCAUGUGUGUGUGUAGAGCGCAUAGAGCAAGCAGCAGUGUUCACUUUAGGGUCAGUGCAGGCAACAACAUUUUUUUGUGCCGACAUUUCAGUGUGCGAAUUUGUAUCAGCAGAUGGCCAAGCAUUAUCAGCAGAUAGAGAAUUAGCAGCGACAGCCGAAGAAGCAGGUGAGCGAGCAUCAACAGAGAGAGCAUCAGUGGAAACUGCAGUAGCAGUUGGCGCCGAAAAGUCAGCUGCCUGUGUGUAUCAGCGGAUGACCAAGCGACAUUCGAAGAACAAGCAGCACGAGAAGUAUGCGACGAGAGAAAAAGAGCGCGAUUAGCUGCAAUAAUUUCUUUUACAGCUGCGUUAUCACUACCAAACUUCUCAACAGCAACACCAAUAGAGGAGCGAAGGUCUUUAACCUCUGCCAUGAGUAAGGCAAUCGUAUCAUCUUUCUCAAGCAGAUUGCGCUGCAUGGAAAGAAGAUCUGAGUGAAUGUUUUCAGUUUUUAACAAUAAAUUAUUGUUAUCUUCCCGUAAAGCACUGAUCAGAUUAUUCACGCGGGCAUUCCCAUUUCGAAGAGCGACAACCACAUUGUAUAGAGAUCCCAAUGUAACUUGUUGCUUAUUGGUAUUGGCAUUAUCAUUUGAAUUACCAUUUAGCUUUAAAGAGCCAGCGGGCUUUGAUUUCACAGAGUUAGAAGAGUUCGAAGAGAUAGAUUUGGUGAUAUUAGAAGUUUUUGAAUUUUCAUCCACGACAACGGGCGGAGGAGGCGAACGGAGGGAAUCACGACGAGCUUCAGAAGAGCCUUUACAAAUGAAGCUCUUGUCUGAGCUGAGCAAAAAUUCUGCAUCUGCCGGUAGAAUACCAACACAUUUCAAAACACAAGAGUCACUGUCUCAAUCAAUAUCGAGUUUUCAUCAUUGCAAAAAAGCAAAUACAUAAAAGAGUCACUGUCACAAUAGUUAAGCUGAUAUUAUGAUUAAAAUCGAAGAGCGAAGAAAAACACGUCCGCACAGCACGAAACGUUUGAUUAAAUUCACAAGGUAUACCACCAGCAUGAUGGAAAAUAAGUUUACCAAAAAUGGAUCCGCUACACUCAGAAAAGAAACACUUUAAAGUCACUUUAAAUCCAGUACAAGGAACUUUAAAAUUAUGAAAACCAGCCGUAUUGAAAAAUAUUUAAUCUUAAAGUUAACACUUUAAAAUGUAAAUUAUUAAUGUUAGCACUUUGAAUAUUAAAGUGAAAACUUUACAUUUUAAUAUGCGCAUUCUCGAAUACAAUUUAAACACUUUUGAUUUUAAAGUUCACACUUUUAACCCAAUUUAAAAAUGUUUGUACUUAAAUUAAAAGUUAACACA